CACACAUUUUCCAUUAUAUAGAUCAGCGUAGACGAUAUCUCCUUGUUUCUCGAGGCCCGAUUGCCAAGAUGCGUCGCUCCCUGAUUGCGCUGUGCCUGAAUGUGCUCAUCUAUCACGCCGCUACAAGCGCAGAUAGCUGGUGCUACACGGGCUGCGAGCACACGCCCGAGCACUGGCAAGAUCUGGACGGCUCUUUCUGCGGGGGUCAAAGGCAGUCCCCCGUCAACAUCCUGAGCGCCCACGUCGAGAGGGACGCGGCGCUCGGCAGCUUCUCUUUCGUGAACUUCUCGUCUCGGAAUGCCUUCGAGUCGGCCGUCAAUACCGGACAUACGGCCAAAUUCUUACUGAAGGACAAUGAGGUGGAGCUGAGCGGGGGUGGACUCAACGGCACCUAUUCCACCAUCCAACUCCAUUUCCACUGGGGCGACACCGAGCACCAUCCCGGCUCGGAGCACGCCGUCGACGGCCACAGACACUCAAUGGAGAUGCACAUUGUGAGUCUGAAGAAAGGUCUGUCGGUGGCGCAAGCCCUGCAAGAUUCAGCCGGCAUCGCCGUUCUCGGCUUCUUCAUCAAGGCGACCGAAGAUGGAAACAUGUCAAAUCCUUGGAGUGCCUUGACCUCUUACCUUCUGAAAAACGCAGGCACCGAAGUCAACGUGACGCACGCCAUCUCCAUCGACGACCUCGUCGGGGAUGUGAAUCUGACCAAAUACUACCGCUACAUGGGCUCGCUGACCACGCCCUCCUGCCAUCAAGCGGUAGCCUGGACGCUAUUUCAGGAGCCUAUCGGCGUCAAUAAAAAUCUGCUCCAACAGUUUGCGCUCAAGACGGGCCUCACCAAUGUCUACCGCCCGCUGCAAGACCUCCACGGACGCCAAGUGUUUUCUUCCGCCGCUCUUCCUCUACCGCCCAGUCAUGUUUGGUGCUACGACGACAACUGCGAGUUCAGUCCUGCCAAGUGGCACCUUCUGCCCAACUCGCACUGCGACGGCGAGCGCCAGUCGCCGGUCAACAUCGAAGCAAAGAAAGCCGUGAAGGACGAGCGCCUCGACGGCUUCGCCUUCACCAAGUUUGACGACAAACAUGUCGUCCAGUACAUGACAAAUACAGGCCAUACAGUCAAGUUGGUACUGAAGGAGGGGGCGAUGGAGGUGUCCGGCGGAGGCCUGGGUCACGUCUACUCCACUCUCCAGUUGCACUUCCACUGGGGUUCCUCAACCCCCAACUCGGAAGGCUCCGAGCACACGCUGGAUUCCAGAAGAUUCCCCAUGGAGGUGCACAUAGUGAACAAGAGGAAAGAUUUAACUCUGGAGGAGGCGGUAAACGCCACAACUGGCCUGGCGGUGUUGGGAUUCUUUAUUGAGGCUGCAACAAUUCCCAAAAGUCAGGAUGCUGCUGAGCAACAUGAAGAUUCCCAUGACUCGCCUGAUGACUCGCCUGAUGAGUCAGUGACCGGCUCCUGGAAAGCUCUGAGCAGCUACCUGGCAGAGAUACAAAGCAUCGGCUCGCGGGUGGAGGUGACGGAGGAGCUGUCUCUCGCCGGGCUGCUCGGCGACGUGGACCUGGCCUCUUACUACCGCUACAACGGCUCCUUAACCACCCCCUCCUGCGACGAAGCCGUCAUCUGGAGCGUCUUUAAAGAUUCGGUUAAGGUGGAUCGCAGCCUGCUGACCAUGUUCCCGAACCGCAGCGGCUUCGGCGACGUCUUCCGGCCCCCGCAGAGUCUUCACGGCAGGGAAAUUUACACCACGGCGACGGGCGGCGCCCUCGCACCCGCAGUCUUCUUUCUGACGCUGGUCCAACUCUCUGGCUUUCUCCUAGGCAAGAACCAUUCCCGCCCGUGUCCGCACCAUCACUCGGUGGGCAGUCAGAUGAGGUGGCUCGUCGUCGUCUUUGCUGCUUGCAGCUUUGUGGCGGAUGUCUACUGUGCCGACGAGACAAUCGAUUGGUGUUACCACCUCCCAUCGUGCCAUUACCCCCAAUGGCCAACUAUUUCCGCGGAAUUUUGCGACGGGAGCAGACAAUCGCCCAUUAAUAUUGUGACCUCGGAGGUCACGGUCAAUGAAAGCCUGAAUGAUUUCACCUUCACAAACUUCAGCAAUACCAACAUGCUGGACAAUAUCGUCAACACUGGCAAAACCGUGAAAGUGAACUUCAAUUCCGGGGUGAAGGUUUCCGGGGGAGGUCUCACCGAGACCUACGACAGCCUGCAGUUCCACUUGCACUGGGGCAACCGCAGCAACGUCCCCGGCUCCGAGCACACCGUGAAUGGAGUCCGCCACCCCAUGGAGUUGCACAUUGUCAACAUCAAGUCCAGCUUCGACGGGAACACGACCCUGGCCGUCAAUGACCCCAUGGGAGUCGCCGCCCUCGGCUUCUUCAUCGAGGUACUGCCAAACACGGUGGGCCAGCCUGCCAGCUGGAAGACGCUCACCAACUACCUGCAGAACAUCACCUUGGGUGGUGACACUGUCAAUAUGACGCCAGGACUCUCCCUGGAUGAUUUGCUGGAUGGAGUGGAUCGCAGCCAAUAUUAUCGCUAUCUGGGCUCGCUCACCACGCCCAAGUGCUACGAAGCCGUGGUCUGGACCGUGUUCAAGGACUCCAUUAAAGUCAGCGAAGACCUGAUCGACAUGUUCAGCACAAUGCUGCAUAUCGGAAACCAAACUUCGGAAAUCAUGGUCAACGUCUUCAGGGGCGUCCAGACCGCACAGCCCGUCACUCGUUCGUCCGCCGGAUCCAGCGGCGCCACCGGAUCCAGCGGCGCCACCGGCUCUUGCGUCUCCCUGGGCCUGCUGGCCGUCAGCCUGUUCCUGAGGAGCAGUUACUAACCCGGUUGUGAAACCAGUUUGCCAAAGUGGCCUGCCUUUGCCGGCGCAUAAUCAUCCGCGCCUAACCCUAACCUGUUUUGGUUUGUUUUUUCCGCCCCCACCCCAAUAUGUGCCAGUAACCGAAUCGACGGUAAUGAAUGAAUGCAACAUUCUGUCUUGUUAAUUCUGCAUUUUUUGAUGCGGGGUGUGUGUGUGUACACGCGCACACACACACAAUGUAUAAUUUAAGCUUUUUAACGGCAGCUGCCACCGAGACCUAAGCUACUAUUUAUGAUCUUAGGUCAAUGUGAAUGCGUUUCCUGAUGCAGGAAGACUGGAAAUCAUGAAGGUUCAUACAAACUUGAUGAAGGAGCUAAGCUGUUCGCUCGGAAGUUUUUCUGUCAGGUUGAUCGUAUGUCAACCGUCCAUUAAAAAAUGCCGUGCUCAUAUUUUGUGAGGGAAAAAAAAAGGACGACUGGUGUCUUUUUGGGUUGAUCGCAUAGAAAAAUGUGUUUUAUUUGUUGUGGAUUGGUUUGUGAAAUGAAGGCUUGAACUGCAGCGAGCUCCUCCCAUCCCGCAACGUCAUUUAAGGGUGGGAGGAGCCGGCCCACAUUGUUUCGGUUAUCUAAUUCCUGUUUCGUAAAGUCGUUAAUGUGCUCGUUCGGGUUUACCAGAUUAAUCGGGCGGUGCUCCUCCCCACCCUGCAAUUAAGAAAGUGUCCAAUCUCACGCACUGAUGUCACGCGAUAAAUUCUUUGGUUGGUUGUAACCGAAGAUCUUACUCCAUAAGGCGCAAUUUAAAACCUGUUCCAUACCCUUUAAAGACAACAUUUGCAUGCCGAGAUGACCUCCAAAAACAAUCGCUGAACAUGAAAACAUGGCUCAGUUUUGAUGUUGAAGGCAAUGUUGAAGGGGUUUUUUGUUUGUUUUCAAGCUGUUUAUGCAAACUGUACAGGUGUUAAUACUUUUAUGGUAGAUCAUUAGGACAAAUAUAAAGUCAAUGUCUAAAAUAGUCGAACAACAGUCCAACAGAAAUAUGGAGCACACACACACAACUCAACUUGCUAUUUUAGCCACUAAUUCCCUAACGGCCAGUAAAAGAGACACCAGGAGGUAGUUGCUGGCGAGAGAUGAAGACGCGUCUGUGAGGUCGCAGCGGCAUCGGCGUGGGUCGUCGGGAGCGGCCGGAGCCGAGGUGGACGGCGGAACGGGACAACGGAGCCAGUCCACGCCGAUGGAUUUGGGCUCCACCGCGUCUUGGUUCAUGCCUCCGCUCUUGAGCACCCAAUAGUGGUUGUCCUUAAAGAAAUGGGCGUCGCCUAAAGAGGAAGAAGAAGAAGACCCGUCUGUGAUUGCCCUUGCAAAACUGCAUGCGUGGAGGUGAAAGGGCUUCCAGGAAACGAGGCCCCAUAACGACGCCAAAAUCCAGCGGCUUGGAGUCAUCCGGGACCAUUUUGAGCUGAGAGCGUCCCCUGCCGGCCGACUGAAAAUGACAUCACGGUGCCUCGGGGCUCAUCGUCACGUGACGGAACCCGGCAAAGAUUUGAGCCGCCACCGCGUUGUCGUUUUCAGUCGACAGCAGGGGGCGCUAUGAUGUCAAAAUGUGUGGAUUUUGCCGCUUGACUCGCGUUCCACAGACGCGAGAUUAAUCCGAUGGUGCCGCAUGGCGAGUUGAACGGUACCUUCGCCCCAGCUGAUGAUGUCAUCCAUGCGGGAGGGAACUCCGGUCCAAAGGCCGUUGUCACGCGGGUAGCCCGGCUCCGGCCGCGGGGUCCCGGGCUGGCCUUUUCGACUCUCGUCGAACCUCCAGAACUCGCCCUGGCUGAACAGGUAGGUCUUGCCGUUAUGGGCCCAGAUGAAGGCGGCGUCCACUCGGUCCACGAGCGCGCCGCUCUUCCUCUUCAUGCCCCAUUCAGAGAGCGGGCGAGGAUAGCCGCUCAUGGCCACCGUGUCCUUGAAGACCCAGUACUGAGAUCCUGUCGGAGGGUAGACGACCAGUCAAGGAUGUGCCUCGAGCCGUCGGCGCCUGCCGCCCACUCACAAAGGCGGGAAGAAGUACAAGUGGAAUUUUUGGCCCCGGCCCUCAUCUUCGAUUCCGGCCGGCUUUCUCACCGACAAAGAAGAUGAUGCUGUUGUCGUUCUUGCGCUCAUACACGGCGUCGAUCUUAUUCGUCCCCGCGGGAAACCCCAUCCAAAAGUUUUGGAUCUGAGCCGGAUUAAGCGACACCAGGGAGCCAUCUCGCGUGGUCCUCCAGAAAUGAGCACCUUU